GCUACUAGAUCUCUGCCGGGAUGCAAAACUCGAACUUGGAGGAUCGCUUCCAAAGAAGCAGAAGGCGAAGAGCUUAGCAAUGAAUCCAUUGAAGCUUCGAUCCAUCAAAGAGCCAGAUCGACGAGUCACGGACCGUUCCUAAAUGUGAUUAAAUAUCCUUUUCUUCCAAAGCUCAGAGGGAACACGGAUUUACCUGACCGGGCUUCUUCACAAUUUGGUGUUCAAAGCACAGCAUCUCAAGAUUUUGGUGACAGAUGGAUCUCGCUCUCUUUUCCUCUCUCCCUCUUUACCCUCCCCCCUUUCUCCUCUCCCCAUAUAUUUCCCCCCUUUGAUCUGAAGUUCUGAAGCGACUUGGAGGGGACCCUCGAGAGAAAGAGGAGGAAGCAGCACUCAAGGAAUCUUAGCGACGCGGAGGCAGUUCUGCCUUAGAUUUCCGGACCACGUCAUGGUGUUCUGGAAGGGAGGGUGUGGAGGAGUUGCACAAAGAAGAUUCAUUGUUGUAGGUUUCAUUUUUCUUUUGCUUUGAGAAGAAGCACAAAUAUUUUUUUCCCCUCCUGUACAGUUUUUGCCCUGAUUGACAGCACUGUCUUUGUGUGAAAUGGGGCAUAUGUGACAAUGGUGGCAUCAGAUAGAACUGGAGUGUCUGUGCCCUGUGGUUGCUAAACUUCAAGGGUGUCACAUCCUCUAAUCUUUCCCUCCUACUAUUUUUUGGGGCUGAAAUUGUCUCUUUUAGCCUAAAGGGGGCACUGUAGCCCAACAUGUUCCGUCUGGGAUUUUGGGUAGCUACCCUGCUCUGCAUUUGUGCCCCUGGUGUGGUCCGCAGUGACUGCUGGCUUAUCGAGGGCGAUAAAGGUUAUGUAUGGCUCGCUAUCUGCAGCCAGAACCAGCCUCCAUAUGAGACUAUCCCUCAGCACAUCAACAGUACAGUGCAUGAUCUACGGCUAAACGAGAAUAAGCUCAAGGUGGUGCUCUACUCCUCCCUCAACCGCUUUGGCAACUUGACUGACCUCAACCUAACAAAAAAUGAGAUCUCGUACAUUGAGGAUGGAGCCUUCAUGGGACAGUCCAAUCUGCAGGUGCUGCAGCUGGGCUACAAUAAGCUCACCAACCUGACCGAGGGCAUGCUGCGUGGCAUGGGACGCCUCCAGUUCCUCUUUGUGCAGCACAACCUGAUUGAGGUGGUCACUCCCAAUGCGUUUGUGGAAUGCCCCAGCCUCAUCAGCAUUGACCUGUCCUCCAACCGCCUCAGCCGACUUGACGGCAACACUUUCACCAGCCUGAGCAACUUGAUGGUGUGUGAACUGGCUGGGAACCCUUUCAACUGUGACUGCAACCUCUAUGGUUUCCUCAUGUGGCUGGUGGCCUUCAACAAUGUCACAAAGAACUAUGACCGUCUGCAGUGUGAAACUCCUCGGGAAUUUGCUGGCUACCCACUUCUUGUGCCUCGGCCACAUCACAGCCGCAAUGCCAUCACCAUUUUCAAGUCGAUGUGUGGAGAUGGCCCCUUUCCGUCGAUUACCAGGCUCAAUCCCACACCAUUCAUGCCAGAUUCUCAGAGAGACCCGGACGACAAUGCUGAGAACUCUGGCAUUAACCCUGGAGACUUCCUCUCAGUCGAGCCUCCAGCAUCUUCCACCACUGAUUCCUCCUUUAACCCCAGCAUCAAGCUCCAGCAGGUGACUAUCACCUCAGCUGCCCUGGUGGUAACAAUCCCAUCGCCAUUCAGCAAGAUGUAUGUACUCGUUCAGUACAAUAACAGCUACAUUUCUGAUGUAAUGACUUUGAAAAAGAAGAAGGAAGUUGUCACUCUCACCCAUUUGAAGGCUCACACUGACUAUACAUUCUGUGUGGCUUCGAUACGCAAUUCAAAACGUUAUAAUCACACUUGCCUUUCCUUUGCCACCAGGAGCAAAGGGAGAGAAGAUCCAAUGCCCAACACUUCCACCACUACCCACUACAUUAUGACUAUAUUAGGCUGCCUUUUUGGAAUGGUUAUUAUCCUUGGCAUUGUCUAUUAUUGCCUGAGGAAGCGUAGGAUGCAAGAAGAGAAGCAAAAAUCCCUCAAUGUCAAGAAAACCAUUCUAGAGAUGCGUUAUGGCUCAGAUAUUGAUACCAGUUCAAUUGUUCAUGCAUCCCAGAAGCUGGGAGAGCCACCAGUCAUCCCUGUCUCACGGAUGUCCUCUCUUCCAUCGAUGAUUGGUGAUAAGAUGCCCUCAACCAAAUCUAUGGAUACUGGCAUGGAGACUCCCAAGGUUACCACCAAGGGCAAUUAUAUUGAGGUUCGGACAGGUGGGGGGGAUGGGCUGGAGAGGUCACAGAGGGACGAUGACCUGCACGAACUGGACAAUGGGCAAGGUUCAGCUGCUGAAAUCUCAACAAUUGCCAAGGAAGUAGACAAGGUGAACCAGAUAAUCAACAACUGCAUUGAUGCCCUUAAGCUGGACACAGCUUCUUUCUUGGGGGGAGGGGGUGGUGUUGACUCUGACAUGGGUUUUGAAUGCCAGUCCAUACCAGCUGGUUCAUCCAGUGGGCUGGAACGACCAAGUUUCCUCUCACCACCGUACAAGGAGAGCUCCCAUCAUCCCCUGCAGCGCCAACUCAGUGCAGAUGCUGCUGUGGCCAGGAAAACCUGCAGUGUCUCUUCCAGUGGCUCCAUCAAGAGUGCCAAGGUCUUCAGCCUUGAUGUACCUGACCACCCCCAGAUGGGUAAGGGAGACUCCAAGUACAUUGAAAAAGGCAGUCCACUCAACAGUCCUUUGGAUCGUCUUCCCCUUGUGUCCCCAGGUGCCAUCCAUCACCUGGAGGUGAAACCUUCUUACCACUGCAGUGAACACCGGCAUUCCUUCCCAGCUCUCUACUAUGAGGAGAGUGGUGACACCUUAAGCCAAAGGGUGUCCUUUCUUAAGCCACUCUCCCGUUCCAAGCGGGACUCCACAUAUUCUCAGCUCUCACCCAGACAUUAUUUCUCGGGCUAUUCCUCCAGCCCAGAGUACUCCUCAGAGAGCACCCAUAAGAUCUGGGAGCGUUUCCGGCCUUACAAGAAGCACCAUCGGGAGGAGGUUUACAUGGCGGCCGGCCACGCUCUGCGAAAGAAAGUCCAAUUUGCCAAGGAUGAGGAUCUGCACGAUAUCUUAGAUUACUGGAAAGGAGUCUCUGCUCAACAGAAGUUGUGACUCUGUCUUUAAAGGGAAGGGGGGGAAACACCACAAAAUUAACCCACCUGACUGUGAAAAACAAACAAACCUGACAAAAGAAACUGAAAACCAUUUCUUAAAGUUUACAAAAAAGAACAGAAAAAACCCCCAAGUGGAAUGAAUUGUCUCUAUUGUGUUACGGGGACCAUUGUUACUCCUUCAGAUGGUGGGGAGGAGACACUUGUUUUUAUACUGUGGUAUAGAGGGACAUCUGUUAGGGGGGAUGCUGGGCUUGUAGGUCACAGAGGUGGGAGGGGAAGGAUGCUAACCAGGCAUAGACUCAGACACUAACCAUCACUUUUCUGUUCCUGUUCUUAUUUUGUUUCAGAAGGAGAGCGAUUUUGCUUAUUCCCUUGACAACAGUAAGGGGUGCUAAUGUCACUUCCUUAUCCUUACCUUUCCUGCAUUUUCAAGGGCCUUUUCAAUGUCACUCUAGCUGUGUGAGAGUUGCUUUCCCAUGAAUGAUUCUCACAUAGCUGGGGUAAUGCUUAAAUGACUGACCUGCAUGGGCCGGGUUGAUCAUGUGGGUUCCAAUUAUGAAAGUUACCUCCCACUCUGGGAGGUGUAUGCAGGUUCUGUGGGAAAGUCUUGUACAAUAUGCCUUGUUCACAGGGGUGUGGUCAUUGAACUGCAGCCCCAGCUGUGAGAGAACCAUUCAUAGGAAAGCAUCUUCCAUGUUGCUGGGGUAACAUUAAGAGUCCCAAAGUCAAGAUGAGAUGAGGAGUAACACAACUGAAUGUCCUCUCAGUGCUCAGGAUCGUCUAAGCCUGUUGACAUGCUCCCACCUCUCCAUAUCUUUAUUAAGAUUUGCACAAGUGUAAACAAGAAUGAAAACAGAUUUUUCUUGGUAUAUCC